AUGUUUGAGGAACAUAUAAAGAAAUGUGCUGCUGAUCUCAAAGUUGACGAGGCAGACUUGUCAGGUCUACACAAACUAGAAGUGCCUACCAAAACAGAAGUCAAGUGCGUGCUGGCUUGCGCGUAUAAGACGAUAGGAACUAUGAACGAUGAAGGAAAAUACGACAUAAAGAAAGGUUACGAGUUCGCCAAGGUGAUGGAAGAUGGAGACCCCAAGAGACUUGAAAAUGGAAAGAAAGUAGCUGAUAUAUGUUCCGCAGUAAACGACGAGCCUGUAACUGAUGGUGAGAAGGGAUGUGAUAGAGCUGCGUUGAUGUUUAAAUGUAUGCUGGAACAUGCUCCAAAGUAUGGAUUCAAACUUGAAUGAGGUGGAUUAAGAAAAAAGUAAAACUCGAGAAGAUGCA